UUUUUAUUGAGCUUUUAGGCGGAAACGGAAACGCCAAAACGUCAAAUUGAAAUUUUUGCAUGUCAUUUGAAACGGUCGCUCCUUUUGCCCAUUUUUGCAAAAAUUCGCCGAAAUGGCAGCUGCAGCAAUCCGAAAACCGGUGAUUCCCAAAGAUGACUCGGACGAUGAUAAGGAAUUACAAGUGGAGCUAAAGGGUCUCGUGGACCGAAUUACGGGUGACGAAUCGAAGCUAGUGAAUGUGUCCCUCGACAUGUUAAAGUACUUAAUACGGACCUCAACCUCGUCCAUGACGUCCGUCCCAAAGCCCCUCAAAUACCUGGCCCCUUUUUACGGGGCCCUGCGCAACAAAUGCGACUCGAUGAAGGACCCCCUCCUGAAAAAAAAUCUCUCCGAUGUCGUCUCCGUCCUGUCCAUGGGGGCUAUCGACGGGAGCGUGAAACGCGACUUCGACUGUCUCAAGUACUGUCUCCAAGGCACGAUGGAGAACAUCGGCGAUUGGGGGCAUGAAUACAUCCGCCAGCUGGAGAUCGAAAUCGUCAAACAGUGGGUCAUGUGCGAGAACAACUACAAGACUCUGAGCCCCCUUGUCAAGCAGAUCAUGAGGUUUAACUGCAGCCACCACGACGAGAUACAAGGCUGCGACCUUUUAAUGGAAAUCAACCAGAUGUACAUGCUCUUCGAUUACGUCACGAGGGAAAACUACAAGCCCAUUUGCUUGUACCUAGCCUCCUGUGCAAAAUAUGUGGACGAUCUCGAGAGCAAAAAAAUACUGAAGCUUAUUUCGCAGUUCUAUUAUCUUUUUCAGGAGCAUUGUCGCUGUUUGGUCGUCGCGAUUCAAAUCAAAGACUCGGCUUUGAUCGAGAAACUCUUCAAUACGUGCACUGACAAGAUCACACUGUAUCAAAUGGCCUUCAUAUGCGCCCGACACCUCUACCCAAUCGAAUUUAAUCUCGACGAUGACGACGUGAGGAGCAUUCUCGAGAAUAGUCACUUGAGCCACUAUUUUUUAAGUUUUGCACGUGAGCUUGAUAUAAUGGAGCCGAAAUCGCCCGAAGAGGUGUACAAAACCUGGCUUGAGCCCGUAACGCUGCGUCAGAGCGUCCUCGGCGAGAAACUGGACAGUGCCCGUCAAAAUCUGGCCUCGUCCUUCGUCAACGGUUUCGUCAAUGCUGGUUUUGGCACUGAUAAACUUUUGACAACCGACGAUGGCAAUAAAUGGAUUUAUCGAAACAAAGAUGUUGGCAUGUUAAGUGCCACUGCAGCUCUGGGUUUACUAUACUUAUGGGACGUAGAUGGCGGUUUGACCCCAAUUGAUAAAUAUCUCUACACCAGUGAUGAUAAUAUCAAAGCUGGCGCGUUACUAGCCCUUGGUAUUGUCAAUUGUCGCAUUCGAAACGACUGCGACCCGGCCCUUGCCCUACUGGGCGAUUACGUGGGGAGUGGCAGUGAGGAGUUGCAAGUUGGGGCGGUGCUAGGCAUCGGAUUGGCGUACGCCGGGAGUGGGCGGAGCGACGUAUUGAAUCUCCUCCUACCGGUGAUACAGAGCUCGAAAUUGGUCAAAACUUUGGGCGUGGCGAGUCUUGCAUGCGGUUUGAUCAGUCUCGGGAGAAAUAAUAACGAAUUAUCGGACAUCAUCUUGACGAAAAUGAUUGAAUCGAACGGAUUGGACGUUCUGAAAAGUCCCUUCAUGUUAUUGGCUGGUUUGGGCGUGGCACUUGCAUAUUUCGGAACCAAGGAUGCGAUUGAGGUUCCGACGAUUGUGGCGGAUGUGUUUGAGGAGCCGUUUCGGACCAUCUUCCAGACCAUGCUACAAAUGUGCGCUUACGCCGGAAGUGGGGAUGUGUUAAUAAUCCAGGAAUUGUUGCGAUUGGUCGAGGAAAAGGUCGAAGUUCCCGAAACGACCGAAACGAAAGGUUCGAAAGAUAAGAAAAAGAACGAAUGGGAUUAUCAUAUGGGGAAAGCGAUAGCUGUUUUGGCCGUGGCCGCCAUUUCCAAGGGUGAGGAGCUCGGGACCGAAAUGAUUCAAAGAAUUUUCGGUCAAAUAUCACGUUAUGGCGAACCUUCGGUCCGCAAAGCCGUCCCAUUGGCUAUCGCCUUGACUUCGGUUAGCGAUCCCCAGCCCACUAUAAUCAACGUUUUGACGAAAUAUUCACACGAUAUUGACGACGACGUUGCUUGCAACGCCAUUUUUGGGCUGGGUUAUGUGGGGGCGGGCACUAACAAUGCCCGCCUUGCGGUCACUCUACGCCAACUAGCUUUAUACCAUACCAAGAACCCGUUCCAAUUGUUUAUGGUAAGAAUUGCGCAGGGUCUUGUCCAUAUGGGUAAAGGUACCAUGACUUUGAACCCCUUACACACCGAUCGUCAGUUGCUAGACCCGGUUGCAAUGGCGGGGAUUUUGAUCCCGUUAGUGUGCCUACUUAAGCCGCAUUCGUUGAUUUUGGGCCGAUGUCAUUACCUACUCUAUAGCUUAGCGGCGGCCAUGCAACCAAGAUGGCUGCUCACACUUGACGAUAAUUUGAAUUCUGUCUCAGUGACAGUUCGUGUGGGUCAGGCUGUGGAUACGGUAGGAAAGGCAGGUGAUCCUAAAACCAUUGCGGGGAUUCACACGCAUACGACACCAGUUUUGUUGUGCGCUAACGAAAGGGCGGAGUUUGCAAAUGGGGAGUACGAAUCAACAGCGCCCGCCCUUGACGGCAUUUGCGUUUUAAAAAAGCUUGACUAAUCUAUGUGUUUUAUUUUAUUGUAUUUGUGCUUAAUAAAGUUUGCUUUGCAAUUGGA